AUGAAAAGACUCAAUGACAAUCAACAAUACCGAGAGACUAUCAUCUUAUAUAAAGAUCAAAUUAAAAAACAAAAGAAACAAAGUACUAGUUUAAUUAUCAAUCAAGUAUUAAAAGCUUGUAUUGAACUUGAUGAUAUUAAAUGUGGCAAAGAUAUUCACAAAAAUCUUUCUUCUUAUAUGCUUAACAAUCAAUUUAUUGAAAAUAAUUUAAUUCGUUUAUAUAUGAAAUGUGGUGAUUAUGAAAAAAGUAAACAAAUCUUUUUGAACAGUAAAAAUAAAACAACACCAAUGUUUAAUAACAUUCUCAACGGUCUUGUUGAUAAUAAUCAAUGUAACGAAGCAUUGAAUCUUUUUAAAGACAAUAAUAUUCCAACAAAUGAAUAUACAUUUUCUAUUUUAUUUAAAAUCUGUUCACAGAUCAAUGAUAGAUAUUCAUUACAAUUUGGAAAAGAAGCAUUUAAUCAAAUGCCUAAAAAUUAUUACAACAGUAUCGUGGCUAUAACUUCUGCUUUACAUAUGUUUACCAAAUGUGGGGAUAUUUCUAAAGCUGAACAAUUAUUUAAUCAAAUAAAGAAAAAAAAUUUAAUUGUUUAUGGUGCAAUGAUGAACGGUUAUCUUGAAAACAACAUGGAACAACGAGCUGUUGAUCUUUUCUUUCAAAUCGAAAAACCAAAUGAAAUUAUUUUGAAUAUAUUUUUUAACGCUUGUGCUCAAUUAAAAACUAAAAAUGCAUUAAAUUUAGCUAAGAACGUUUUCGAUCAAUCAAUUAUUAAAUCAAAUGAUUUAUUAUUAUGUUCAGUUUUAAAUAUGUUUAUUAAAUGCGAUGACCUUGAAAAUGCUCAAAUUUUAUUUAAUCGAAUUGAUCGAGAUAUAAUUGCUUAUGGGUCAAUGAUGAAAUUUUAUAAUAUUAAAAAUCAACCAUUAAAAACUUUAGAAUUAUAUCAAAAAUUAAAAGACGAAAAUUUCAAACCAGAUAAAAUUAUAUUGAAUUUAUUUUUCAAUGCUUGUGCUCAAUUAAAAACUAAAAAUGCAUUGAAUUUGGCUAAAAAUGUUUUCGACCAAUUCGUUAUUAAAUCAAAUGAUUUAUUAUAUUCAAUUUUAAAUAUGUUUAUUAAGUGUGAUGAUCUCGAAAAUGCUGAAAUUUUAUUUGAUCGAAUUGAUCGAGAUAUAAUUGCUUAUGGAUCGAUGAUGAAAUUUUAUAAUAUUAAAAAUCAACCGUUGAAAACUUUAGAAUUAUACCAAAAAUUAAAAGAAGAAAAUUUAAAGCCAACUGAAAUUACUUUUGUUUUACUUAUUGAUGCAUGUUCAGAAAUUGGUGAUCUUUCAUUAUCUGAAUCAUUGGUUUGUCAAAUUCCAGAAAGUUUUUUAUCAAAUCUAUAUAUUCGAAAUGCAUUGAUUGAUUUAUUCGGAAAAGUUGGUUUACCUUCAAAAAGUAAAGAAAUAUUUGAUAUGAUUGAACAUCCAGACAAUGUUUCUUUUGCAGCUAUGAUCAAUGCUUAUGGUUUAAAUGGAAUGGGUAUUGAAGCUAUAAAAAUCUUUCAUAACAUUCCAUCAAAUAUGUUAAAUAAUGCUAUUUAUGUUUGUGUAUUAAAUGCUUGUUCUCAUUCAGCUCUUGUUAAUCAAGCACAAGAGAUCUUUCAAAAUAUUCCAUCAGAUCAAAGAACAGAACAAAUUUAUACAACAAUGGUUGAUUCAUUUAGUCGUGUUUUUCUUUUUGAUCAAGCACAAAAAUUAAUUGAUGAAUAUGAAAAAUAUCAUUCACCUUCUGCUCCAAUGUAUAUGUCAAUACUUUCAUCUGCACGAAAUGCCAAGAAUAUAUUAUUAGCAGAAAAGAUUUUUCAUCGUAUUGAAUUGAAUUUUGCCAAUAAUGAAAGUUAUCUUAUGUCGGCUCAGGUUCUUCUUGCUAAUACAUAUGCUUUAAUUGGAGAAAAAUUUAUGUCUUCAUAUAUUCGAAUGAAAAUAAAGCCAUCAAAUACAAAAAAUACUGUUGGUUGUUCUUGGACUGUAGUUGAUGGAAAAGUUUAUAAAUUUCGAGCUCAUGAUCGAUCACAUUCACGUUCUUCGGAAAUUUAUGAAGAAUUAGAUCGAUUAACAAAGAACUUAAUUGAACAUGGUUAUAAAUAUGAUGAAUCAUGGAUAACAAGAGAAUUAGAUGAGAAUGAAACUACUCAAUCAGUUCUAUGUGGACAUAGUGAACGGCUCGCAAUUGCUUUUAAUUUAAUUCAACAACCAAUUCCUGACCGAAUCCAAAUUGUAAAAAAUCUUCGUGUUUGUGGCGAUUGUCAUUUAGUGAUAAAAUUAAUUGCUCAAAUCUAUCAACGUUUGAUAGUUGUUCGUGAUGUUAAUCGUAUUCAUCAUUUUUAUCCAAAUGGAAAAUGUUCUUGUCAGGAUCGUUUUUAA